AUGCUGUUUUAUAUUACUAUUCCAAUUUUAUGUCUUGCUACUUUAGCAGUACAUGCUGAUGAAUUUCUUCCAGUUCAUAGUAGUCGAGCAUCUCAAACAUGUUAUGGUGAACAUGGAUGUUUUACUACUGCUAAACCAUUUGGUGGAACAUUACAACGACCAUUCACUGUAUUACCUGAUCAGCCAAGUGUAAUUGGAACUAAGUUUUAUUUAUAUACAAGAGCAACACGAAAAAGUCGCACAGAAAUUAGCCGAUCCACAACACUUAGUCCAUGGUCUUCAAAAGUACCUACAAAAUUUCUUGUUCAUGGCUUUUUAGAUAGUACUAAUAAUAAACAAUGGUGGAUAGAUAUGAAAAAUGCUAUGCUCGAUGUAGAAGAUGUAAAUGUUAUUAUGGUUGAUUGGUCUAAAGGUAAUGGAUUUCCAUAUACAAAAGCUGCAUCAAAUACUCAAGUUGUUGGUGCUGAAAUUGCAUUACUUAUUAAAUAUAUGAUAGAGAAACAUGGCUCUAAAGCUAUAGAUUUUCAUGUUAUUGGUCAUUCUCUUGGUAGCCAUGUUGCAGGUUAUGUUGGAAAAAAUCUUCCUGGACUUAGUCGAAUUUCAGGCUUGGAUCCUGCUGGUCCUUAUUUUGAAAAUACUGAUCCAUCAGUUCGUCUUGAUCCUACUGAUGCUUUAUUUGUCGAUGUUAUUCAUACAGAUGGUACUCAUAAUCUUCUUCUUGGACUAGGUACUCUUCAACGAAUGGGUCAUGUUGAUUUUUUUCCUAAUGGUGGUUAUAAUCAACCUAAAUGUUCAGCAACAUCAGGCAAAAUCAUAAAUCUUAUUCUUCAACUUGGAACAAUGAAUGUUGAAGGUUUUAUGAUGACAUCAUUAUGUAGUCAUAUGGCUGCUGUUUAUUUCUAUACAGAUACAAUUCGUAAUCAAUGUCCAUAUGUAGGUUUUUCAUGUUCGAAUUUCGAUGAAUUUGAUUCGGGUAAAUGUUCAUUACAAUGUGACGGUAAUAAAAAAUGUAAUCGUAUGGGUUAUUGGGCAACAUCAACUGAUGCUAAAGGAGAUCUUUAUUUAAAAACACAAGAUGCUAAUGCUUUUCCAUUUUGUGUCAAUCAUUUUCAAGUUACUCUUCAAUCGGGCUCAGCGUAUACACAAACACGAGGUGUUGUAACAUUGAAACUUAUUGGUACUCUUCAAACAAUUUCUGUUGUUUUUGAUAAUGGAGAUACAACAUUUAAACGUGAUUCAACUGAAACUCGUUUUAUUCCACUUACUGUUGAUAUUGGUGAAGUGAAACAAAUUGAAGUUGAUUUCAAGAAAAAAGCUAGUUUAGUUACAACUUUAUUAUAUUCAUCAUCAUGGGCAUUUACUAAAGCUAUUGUACUUAAUGGUGAUAAUCAAAAUAGUCGUACAUUUUGUUCUAAUGAUAUGAUUGGUACAACUGAUUCAAAAUUCCGAUUUUCUUCAUGUUAA